AUGGAAAACUACACAUUCAACAGCUUUACUCUGCAGCUGGAGGGAUUAAAGGUCUCAGAGGUUUCCAAAUAUCCACUCUUUUUCUUUUCCCUUUUCUCCUACAUACUUAUUAUGACAUCCAAUAUCGGAAUCGUAGUCCUGGUUUUCAUUGACAAAAAUCUUCAUCGCCCCAUGUAUCUCCUGUUUUGCAACCUGCCCUUUAAUGACGUCGUUGGAAACUCUAUCAUGAUGCCCCGUUUGCUUUCAGAUAUUCUGCUGCCUCCAUCUGAGCGCCUCAUUAGUUAUCAUGAGUGUCUUAUUCAGGCUUUUACCACACAUAUGUAUGGCACCACUUCCCACACUGUGCUCAUGAUUAUGGCUUUUGACAGAUAUGUGGCGAUCUGUAAUCCUCUGCGAUAUGCUUCCAUAAUGACCAACAAAAUGGUGAUCAAGCUGACGGUUCUGGCCUGGGGAGUGGCCUUCGUUUUGGUGGGGGUUCUGCUCGGACUGACCAUACGGCUGAGUCGAUGCAGGACUUUGAUCACAAACCCUUUUUGUGACAACGCCUCAUUGUUUAAGCUGUCCUGUGAUAGUGUGGUCAUUAACAAUAUCUAUGGGCUCACCUUCACUGUGGUCUUGUUCACAGGUUCUAUAGGUACAAUAGUCCUGACCUAUACUCAGAUUAUGGUGGUCUGUGUCACCAGUAAGAAUACGUCUUUGAACAGUAAAGCCUUAAAGACCUGCAGCACUCACCUCCUUGUCUACAUGAUUAUGUUAUUUACUGGGAUUCUUGUUAUUGCUCUGCAUCGCUUUCCUCAGUACUCAGAUUACAGGAAAAUGUGCGCCAUUUUGUUUCAUAUUAUUCCAGGCAGUCUGAACCCCAUUAUUUAUGGUGUGCAGUCAAAAGAGAUACAAAAAUUCCUUUCAAAGCUGUUGCACUUUACAAAGAUUUUGCCAUCUAAAUAA